ACUACACAAGUUGUAAAGAGUGUUAUAUAAUUUAAAGAUAAGAAAUUAGUACAGUUUAUUACACGGACCACUUAGGUAGUGAAAGUUAAAAUAUACAUUUUAUUUUUCAAAUUGUUUGUGGCACAUAAAAUAAAUUAUUAAUUUUAUCGUAACAAUUAAAAACUAUGGUUGACAUACAUCAAUAUUAUAGUGAUGCACUAAAAAUUGUUUUGGAGGCAGGUGAAUUGUUGUUAAAAGGUUUUAAAAGUCCAAAAGAAAUAUCAACUAAAAAAAAUGAUCAAGACUUUGUAACACAAUUCGACAAACUUAUUGAAAAAACAAUAAUCGACAACAUACUACGAUUAUACCCAAAUCAUAAAUUUAUUGCAGAAGAAAGUGCUGCAAAUAAUAUUUUAACAGAAGAGCCUACAUGGAUACUUGAUCCGAUUGAUGGAACAACUAAUUUUAUACAAGGUUUUCCAUUUUGUUGUAUUUCAUUAGCAUUGGUAAUAGAAAAUGAUAUAAAAAUUGGAAUAGUCUAUAACCCGAUAAUAAAUCAAUUAUUUACUGCUCAAAAAGGAGAAGGUGCAUAUUUGAAUAAUGAAAAAAUACAAGUGUCAAGUACUGAAGAUCUUCAAAAUGCCAUGGUUGGACAUGAUAUAUAUCUUAAAACUAGUAUAAGGAAUUUUCGUGGAUCAAGAUCUUUAGGGUCAGCAGCAAUAAGUUUAUGUUAUUUGGCAAUGGGAGCAGUAGAUAUAUGAUUUAUGAAAAGAUUGAAAUGUUGGGAUGUAGCAGCAGGAAUUCUGAUUAUCCAAGAAGCUAAAGGCAUUGUACUUGAUUCAGAAGGAGGCCAAUACAAAGACAUUAUGAAUGCUGAUGUAAUUGCUGCUUCUACAAAAAAACUAGCUGAAAAUUUUUUAAAAUUAAAAAAUGUCAAUUUUUAAUAUCAAAUUUUAAUGAUUUGGGGUAAUACUAUACAUAAUAUUCAUUAUUAUUUGAGAUGUAACAUUUGAACUUGUUAUCUUGAAGGUAAUCUAAAUAACUAUAGACAUUGUAAUGUCAUUUUUAAUAUCAAAUUUUAAUGAUUUGGGGUAAUAAAAUAUAUAAUAUUCAUUAUUAUUUGAGAUGUAACAUUUGAACUUGUUAUCUUGAAGGUUAUCUAAAUAACUAUAGACAUUGAGUAAAGAUCAAAAUAUAACUUAUAUUUCAAAUAGUGUAAAAUUUAAAGUUGCUAUAGAAAAUAUUUAUAAGAAACACUUUAAGUAACUUACUGUAAAUUUUGAAGGAAUGUUGAAAUCACUAUUGCAUCUACAAUAAUAUUGGUAGAAAUAUCAUAAUAUAACUAUCAGCUAAAGGCA